AUGGACAUGGCCCAUACUGUGGCAGACUCGAACACAUCAUCGACCAUGAAGUUGGGCGCUGAAGUUGCCACUGAGCCUAGCUUAGAACAGCCUGCGACUGUCGAAGUCAAAAGCGAGUCGCAGACUGAGUAUGCGUACGAUCGGGAUUAUCGAUUCUGGACCAUCAUAUUUGCUCUUUGUACUAUGCAGAUCCUAUGUUCACUUGAGAAUACCGUCGUGGUCACCUCUCUGCCUACCAUUGUUAAGCAAUUAGGUUUAGGAAGCAGUUACAUCUGGGUCACGAACAUAUUCUUCUUGGCAGCUUCUGUCGUGCAGCCCCUAACAGGCCAACUUGCCGGUCUAUUUGGUCGUCGGUAUGUCGCACUAUUCGUCGUCGCUCUAUAUACCCUCGGCAGCGGCCUCGCUGGGGGGGCGAAUGGACCGGCUAUGCUAAUAGCUGGCCGCGCAGUGCAAGGUGCUGGGAGUGGAGGAAUGACAGCCACCAUGGGUAUUGUCAUUUCUGACCUCGUCCCUCUUCGACUUAGGAGCAGCUAUCAAGCAAUUCUUGCCAUUACGUACGCGGUCGGCAUGGCUAUUGGUCCUGUCAUUGGCGGCGCCAUUGUUCAAGAUACCACUUGGAGAUGGGUAUUUUACAUCAAUCUCCCUGUCGGCGGUGUGUCUCUCGCCCUUCUCUGGCUGUUUCUACGCGUGAAAUGGGAUAAGGAAACCAAGGUACUAGACAAGCUCAAGCGGAUUGAUGUCGCGGGCAACACACUCUUGGUAGCAUCUACAGUAUCGGUGCUCAUCGCGUUAACUUGGGCCGGCUCUGAGUACCCAUGGUCAUCUUAUCAUAUUCUUGUUCCAUUCAUCAUUGGCCUCGCCGGUCUCGUCGGUUUCUUUUGCCUUGAAGGAUCCACAUGGGUGCUGGAGCCAGUAAUGCCGCUUCGACUGUUCGCAAAUCGCACCUCUGCAAUUAUAUAUGUGAAUACCUUCAUCGUCUCGUUGAUGAACUACUGGAUUUUCUUUUUUUUGCCUCUCUUUUUUCAAGCCGUCCAAUUAUCAACACCCUCCCGCUCAGGUGUACAGAUUCUACCGAUCACCCUGAUAGCCGUCCCCGGGGCCGCGGUUGGAGCGGUUGCCCUGUCUAAAUGGGGUAGAUACAAGGUGCUCCACAUCAUCGGUUUCGCUCUCCUUGCGGCUGGCAUCGGUUCUUUCUCCGUACUGACCAAGGACUCAAGUACGGCAAAGUGGGUCUGCCUCCAGAUUCCUCCAUCUAUCGGCGCUGGCAUGGUCUUAGACACCCUGUUACCAGGCUUCCAGGCAGGUGUGGAGGAGGCGGAUUCUGCGGCAGCAGUGGCGAGCUGGUCAUUUGUGCGCAGCUUUGGGAAUAUCUGGGGCGUCGCGAUCCCGGGAGCUAUCUUCAACAUCUACAGCAGUCAGUAUGCCGCCGAUCUCAUAGCUAAUCCAGCAGCAAAAGCAUCACUACAAAAUGGCGGCGCGUACUCGAGCGCAACCCGAGACUUCGUCAUUUCGUUUUCUGAACCAACGCGGAGUCAGAUCAUUGAAACCUUUACAAGAGCCAUGAGCAAGGUUUUCCUUAUAGGUAUCGCAUUUCCGGCACUAGCGUUCGUCUUGUCAUUUGUGGAGCGGGAAGUGAAGUUGCGGACAGUUCUCGAGACUGAGUUCGGGCUUGAGGAAAAGAAACAAGUAAAAACAAACGAAAAGGUCUGA